UCAUCGGUUUCUCUAUUCCUCCGGUGAUUGCUUUCAGCUGGGCGAUCUCCGUUGUAUUAGCGCUGAUGGCUUGGGUGUGUUCCGUGAUCCGUUUAGCUAUUGUUUCUUGACCGUUAGUCGUUAUGGGUUGAUGGCUACUUAUCUUGAGCCCCUUCCCCUGUUUCCUUGCUAUUGUCAUGUGUGCCAUUGCGCUGAUGACUUCAGCUCAACGGCACUCAUGACAACGAGGUAAAGAUGGAGAUUGUGUGUUUCCCAGACUCAAGAAGGAGGAAGAGGGAAUCAGGUGACCCAUGUGGCUUCCCACAAGCACAAUAGAGACACGCCUACCAGACAAACUCUCUUAUUAUGCUCGUGAGACAAUGCUGAGUUGACCCCUGAUAAUUCCAACACCUGCAACUGGCCACCUGCUUGAUUUCCACAACUGUUCUGAGGGUCCUGCUGGUUUCCUCUGAUCACUCUUUCCCCAAAAAUUUUCAUUAAUUGCCUCAGGGUCUGUAGCUUCUCCUUCUGAUGAAUCUGCAAAAAUCUCAAAGCCACCUUAGAAUCUUUCAUGUUUCUUGAGGAGUGUUGAUGGUUGUUUGUUUAUUUCAUAAACGCAUAUGGCUGCCCACCUCAUCUAUAUCCCACAAUCAACCUAGCCAAGAAACAGGCUCACCCACAUUGAGCUUGCCACUAUGGGCCGCGCGUCUUGUUUCUCCCUCCCACCCUUCUCUGGGACAGGCGUGGGGAAGCGUUGCACUGGAGGAGGCUCUGGGGACAGGCUUGGGAGGGGGAAUGGGAAUGGGAAUGGGAUAGCCACCACACAAUCUGCCAGAAGCUCAUUCUCCCUUAAAAAUACACCCAGAGAGAACACAAAGGGCUGAAAUAGACAGUGGAGAGUUGCUGUUUCUUGGAAUGGCCAAGGUGGGAUUCUCUUUCAGCUGAGCCAAACCCUUAAAAGCUGGUUCAUGCACUGUAGCUCUGGGCAUUUCCAGGAAGCCCUGGAGAGCACUCUGGAGUUUAGGAGACGGCCCUUGACCAAGUUGUACAUUUUUUAAAAAGUGAGUGCAUCCCCAUUCUGAACCCAUCUUUCCAUUUCAGAUUAAAAACAAUCCUUCUGGAAAAAUGCCAGACCCAAAAAUGCCAGACCCAGCUGGAAGAAACAUUUUGAGAAUCCAUAUUCUGCCACUUAGGAAUUCCUGAUCCAACCCCACAGUGUCAACCCAGAGCCUUCAUCUGCAGGAAUUCAUUUCUGGCCUCCCCUCCAACUUUAAUGCUCCUUCCACGCUUGUUUUUGGUUGGGCCUCAGCUUUGGUGUGGGCACCUUGCAGAGCGUGCUUCAUGUGGGACUGCUCUGGGCUGAGAAUGUUUUAGUUGAUUGUAAUCAUUACAAUAAAGCUAUCUCCAGCCCUCUAGUUCUUGUCAAAUCACAUCGGUUUGACCACCUUGUUUAAAAUUACUAUUUUUCCUCUUUCAGUGCAACUUCUGAAGCUGCCGAGGAGCUCUGCCACAGCCCCGAGCUGAAGUGCCCCCUAAAUGCACUGGCCCUCUGGCUAUGGCUGGCCUUAGACUGAUGGUUACAGUCUCACCGACUGUUCUACAUAUGAAUUACUUACCUGUGUUCAAACAUAGAUGCAUUUGCUGAAGGGGCUCCACCAUCAUGCACAGAAAAAGCCCAUCCCAUAAACAGAGGAAGGAGGCAUCUUUCCCAGAGUUUUGCUGAACUAUUUUAGAAAGGCUGGUGCCCGUCUUACUAUCUGAUUUCUGUGCAGCAAGUCACCGGUCUCCCUAAAGCAGUGUCUCUCGACCUCAGUGACUUUAAGAGAUGUGGACUUCAACUCCCAGAAUUUUGGGAGUUGAAGUCCACACAUCUUAAGUCACUGAGGUCGAGAAACACCACCCUAAAGACGCGCGUGCUUCCAUCUUUGUGCCUGGAGCAGGCAGUGCCAGGGACACAGCCCAAAUUCUCCACCAGUGCUCGUGAAGGGGUCCCGACCAGCCUCCGCCUAGUCCAAGAAAGAGCCAGAAGGAAAUGGCAGUCUCGGGUCGUCCCCAGAGCUGUCGCACAUCCCGGCUCCCGCAGAGGGCCACCUUCCCCCACCGCUUUCCUGGGCGAUGCGGGGCCCAGCCAGUCUCUCACCAGCACCGCCUUCUGGUCCACCCUUUUCUCACCAGCCCCUGUUCAGACUUCUUCAGCAGUGCUAUUGUUUCUUAUGGGUUACUGGUGUAAAUCUGGCACACAGCUGAGGGCAAUGAAUGAUGGUUUAAGGACCAAAGGGUUGAUUUUAGAGCUGUGUUUUUCUUUGAUAAGAAUAAUAGUGGUCCUGGAUAAAAGGUUUUUAUGCUUAAUCACAGCAAAAUGUUUUGAAGAAACUCUCUAUGAAUAUUUUGAGAUUGGAGAAAGCUGGGCCACAAUCUACCAAGGCUUAGUGCAGGUGUGCACGUGUGUCAACAGCGCAACCAACUGCCAUCCGGAACUGUAUACAGGCUGCCCCUCCGACCCCUGCCUCCACGGCCGCUCUUGCAGGAGGACCCUCGGCUCGAACCGGACCGUCUGUGUCUGCAGCCACCCUUUUGGAGGCAGAUUCUGCAACCUGGUUCCUAAUCAAUCCUGCUAUCCUGGUCCUGGGACCAACUACAAGGGCCUUGCCAAGAAGACCGCUUCUGGAGACAAUUGUCUCCCGUGGAAUUCCGACCUCUUUCACUACGACCUUCAAGCAAACGUGGUGCAGCUGGGAUUGGGAUCCCAUUCGUACUGCCGAAGUCCAGAUGAGGACGAACAGCCAUGGUGCUAUUUCAUCCAGGAUGGCAGACUCUCUUGGGGAUACUGCAAUAUUUCAUCAUGUGAAAGCAGGCGCAGGAAGCCGCCCCCACCGCCAUCGCCCCCUCCAGAAGUCUUGGAUGACUUUGCUGCGGUCAAGAGGAUGUGCGGGAGGAGACACAAGAAGCAGAAAUUCGUAAGACCCAGGAUUGUAGGCGGAUCUUCUGCCUUGCCAGGAUCCCAUCCCUGGCUGGCCACCAUAAACAUUGGCAAAAACUUCUGUGCUGGAAGCCUUAUUCGCCCCUGCUGGGUGGUAACAUCAGCACACUGUUUUGCUAACAGCCCACUGACCUCAACUAUUCAAGUUGUUUUGGGACAACAUUUUUUUAAUAAAACAACAGACGUCACUCAAGAAUUUAAGGUACAGAAGUACGUCAUGCAUCCCGACUACACAGUGUUCAACCCAACUGAAAAUGAUAUUGUUUUAGUUAAACUCAAGAAAGCCAAACAACGUUGUGCAGCCAGAUCCCGAUUUGUUCAACCAAUAUGCCUGCCAGAAGCUUCAAUGUCUUUUCCAGAUCAUUACAAAUGCUACAUUGUUGGAUGGGGACACUUGUAUGAAAAUUCAUCCAGCUACUCUAAUGUGGUGCAAGAAGCAUUAAUUCCGAUUAUCCCGGAUUACAAGUGUCAAAACUCUGACGUUUAUGGAGCUGACAUCAGUGAAAAUAUGUUCUGUGCUGGUUACCUUGAUGGCAGGUCAGAUGCUUGCCAGGGCGAUUCAGGAGGCCCUCUGGCCUGUGAGCGGGACGGAGUAUUUUACCUCUACGGGAUCGUCAGCUGGGGUGAUGGCUGUGGCAAGGCCAUGAAGCCGGGUGUCUACACCAAAGUGACAAACUACGUCAACUGGAUUAACCAGGAGAUACAUCCGUGCCGAAAGGAUGAUUGUGGCUUCCUGUAGGGAUGGAUGGCCUUCAUGUGCUGCCGGCGUUACACCUUCCACAGCCACUGUUUACAACAGAAAGGGCUAUUUCUCUGUCUUUUCCUGGUGCCACAAAAUUAGAGAAAACAGACUCUGAAACCCACAACACCCUGCGAGGAGUACAGACUCCCGGGUCAGUGGCCCGUUUCUGCCAUCUGUCCCUUCGGAUCCCUGCUUGGCUUCUGAUUAAUGGCCUAGGGAAGGCCGGAUCGGAUGGUCAUCUUGGGGACUUGGGCUGGGAGGGGCUCCGGACCCAAACCCAGCACAAUAAAUCCCAGGAACAGACAUAUUCAUUGAGGAGCGUUCAUGUGUAAUGCAUCAUUUAAAAAGUUAGUUCUUUUUUUAAUUAAAAAGGGAUAUGACAAAUUAUCUUUACAGAGCAAUAGUACAAGAGACCCAUAUCAAAAUUAAAAAGCCAUAGAGAUACAAAAUAAUAUUUUAACAAGACAGUUUACAAUCGUCAACGAACUCAUAUAUGCCCUGAAGAAGGAGAACUGGAUUAAAAAGGUCCUCCGUCCAUUUCGCUUUGGGAAAGCUCUCUGGGCACUGAGUUGUGUUCUUAACGCUUCCAGUUUUUAGCUUCGGAAGCUGCUCCAUUACUUUGGAAUAUAAACAUUUAUUUCAAAAACCUUUCUGGUCAAAAAUCAAUGAGGUCCAGAGUUUCUUUUUAAUGACAGCAUUUUUAAUGACGGCAAUCCUAUUUUUACCUUCUUUGUUUGAAAAGGAAUGACCCCCUCUGUGCACCUACCCAGGUUCAUUUUACCACUUUCUGCUUGUUCCAUUAAGUCUGGACAGGGAGAACCUGGGUCUGCAUGGACUUAAUUCUUCUUUCUCACGACUGUCUUGGGGCUGCUGUUCUAGACAAAACAGGGUGGAGAUCCU